UGACGCUGUGACAAAGAGAAUCAGCGCUCGUCGUGACGGAGCGGCGCGGGCCGCCAUUUCAAAGCUGAGGAAACGCGGGAGCUUUCGCGCUGUUACCGACGGAUGCUCGUUUUAUAGAAUACGCCGAAUAACGUUGUGUGUUUUUAAGGCUCGUUGUUUAGAAGAGCUCUCAAUCUCGUAAGAUGGACGCGGACACGGAGCAGGUGGAGGAGACGACAGAAGUGAUGGAGGCCACGGAGACGCCCUCACAUGAAGAACCUUCAGCUGACAGCAAGAUCAGGGGUCGUGGAGGGAAAAUCCGCGGCAGAGGAGGCCGCAUGCCCCGUGGGUUCCGAGGAGGACGUGGGAUGAUGAUGAUGAUGAAAGGGUUUCCACCAGGUCCUAUGAGAGGCAGAGGCCGCGACGGGUUCACAAACGGAUUCGGACCCAUGAGGAGAGGCAUGGGUCGCAUGUGGCCGUAUCCAGACAUGCGCGGCCGGCGAGGUCGAGGCGGUCCAAGGGGAAUGCACCUGGGUCCGCCAGGUCCGCCGCCUCCACCACCUCCCCCCAUGCACAUGAGAGGACCUCCGCCACACAUGCACAGGCAUGGCCCACCUCCUCCUCCGCCCCCUCCGGGACACCCGGCGUUCCGAGGGCGACCGCCACACCCCAGGGGGCGGGGCAUGAUGCCGCCCGGCCCACCUCGCUUCUUCCACCCCAGGGGCUACCACAACGGAUCGGCCCCUCGUCUGCCCCACCCGCCUCCAGGCAGGGGCCAGCGCUGGCCGGGGCCCCCCGGUGCCCGGAAGUUUUAACCAAUUCUGUAGCGUUAACGGCCGCCGCUCACACUCAUUACAGACUCGCAGGUCCUUUUACUGUAACGAGCACGCUACCUUUUUAUGUUACUCCAUUUGAGGAAAAAGCCCCGAAAAAAAAAAAAAACAUUUAAAAGCACUCUCACUCUGAAGACGAGAAGGAAACAUGUUCUUACGUUGAUUUAAAUUAAGUGUAUCUCAUGAGACUUUUACUCCUCUAAGUGUUGUCUGGUCUGCGUGGUGCUAUUCCUGUGAGCCUUAAGCAAUCCUCUUCCUUUAUUCCAUGAGAAAACGUAGGAUUUUAGACGAACCGGUGUGUGUUUCUCAGUACGCUGGCACUGACCAAGCAGAUCCCUGACCCUCCAUAUGUUCUUCAUGUGUAGUGCUCAUGAAUUAUUAAUGAUCUAAUAUCAUAAAUGUGCAGCUACUUUAAGUCAAGUGAGAAUAUUGCUGUUGAAAAGUAUUCCUGUUUCUUUUUUUGCUGGAAUGAUUCUGUUAAAACCACAAAUCCAUGCAUUGAUUUAACAUGACCGUAGAGUAGCACUACGAUUUAUACUUCUUUAAAUAAACCUUUCCUUGCUUUUCUAUAUUAAAGCCAGUUUUCGAAAGUAUUUGAUUCAAAAUAGUACAAGUAUAAAACACAAAUAUCCUCUGUGUUGAGUUUUGAAGUGUUAUGGCACAUUGUAACCGAUAAAGUCAUGUGAAUUUGUGAAUGUAAAUUGAACAGAUAACAGCUUUUGACUUAGUUUUGGAGAAACCAAACAAUAAAGUUAAGAUAAAAUGA